AUGCCGGACAAAACUCAAGGAGGUUCUUUGAGAGUUGUCAAAGAUUGCGCCAGUGGAACUGUUGGUGGCAUUGUUCAAGUGUUCGUCGGACAGGUGGGAGGCAAUUCAGUGGGCGAAAGGCUUCAGACACAACCGAUACCCAAACCCGGAGAACAAGCGAAGUACACUGGUAUGUUUGAUUGUACUCGAAAAAUCAGGAAAAAUGAAGGAUUCAGGGCAUUUUACAAGGGAACAACAACUCCUUUAGUCGGUGUCGGGGCAUGUGUUUCAAUCCAAUUUGUGGUUUUGGAAUUCAUGAAGCGUCUCUUCAAUGACAGCAAUGGGGGCACCGGGGCACCCCUCACGAAUCCACAGUUGUAUUGGUCCGGUGCAAUUGCGGGAACGGCUAAUUCACUCGUCUCGGGCCCGGUUGAACACAUUCGUACUC